AUGUCUCUCUCUCCCCCAAUGCCCCCCUUCAACUCCUCCGACCCAACCGCCUCCUUCCUCUCCUCCUCCUCCCUCGACUUCCUCCUCAUCGAGCUCGUCCCGCUCGCCCAGCGCGUCACCUCCCAGCGCGACUUUCCCUCUCCCUCGAAUCCCGCUGCCGACAGCGCUUCUUCCCCGCGCAAAUCCGAUUCCACUGCUGCUGCUGCUGCCAUCGCGCAUCCGCCCGCCGACUCGCCAAAGAGGAUAGACGACGACGAGCACCUCGAUGCAGUGCACUAUAGGCUCGAGGCGCAGGGCUAUCGCGUCGGACAGGGCCUCGUAGAAAGAUUCUCCCGCGACCGCCCACGCUUCAAUGACACCCUCGACGUCAUCAAGUUCCUCUGCAAAGACCUCUGGUCCCUCGUCUUCGGCAAGAACAUUGACAACCUCAAGACAAACCACCGAGGAGUCUACGUCCUCACCGACAACGCCUUCCGCCCAUUCUCACGCAUGAGCACAGAAACCGGCAGCCAAGCCGUCCUUCGCGCACAGCCCUUCCUAUGGUUUCCCUGCGGCAUCAUUCGCGGCGCUCUGGCUGCCCUGGGUAUCAGCGCCACCGUUCAAGCCGAGGUCAACGAGCUACCAGCAGCUAUAUUCCAAAUCAAAACCCUCGCCGCCAAGCCAUAAUAACCGAGCCGCCGUAUGACAACUUUGCCCGACUCAAAUCUACCAAAAGACGGAGAGCAAAAAGAUGGAUGAUCCAUACGUGAAU